UGUAGCCUCUCAUCAAUCUGUUUCGCAAAAGAAAAAAGAGAGAGAGUAUAUGUGUACGUUCAAAAGCGUGAAGACAAGGGUGAGGGAUUUUGCAGUACACAGAAGAGAGAGAGCAAAACACAAACCGACGACGAACUGGCGGAUCUGGGUCAACGACGUUUGACCGAAAUAAAAGAGAAUUAAAGGGGGUAGAAGUGUAAAUGAAGUACACCCACUCCUUUCUAUCUCUUCCCCCUGAGGCCUGACGGGGUUUGUUAUUGUAUUCAUUUCCUAAUUAAUUUCUUUAUAAGCAUUCGGCUUUGUCGUUGCGCUUGUUGUGUUCUCCUUGUAGGCCUUCCCUUUAGGCCUUCCCUUUAGGCUUUAUAUAACCUCUCACUCUGCCUUUUCCUCUCUUUACUUCUGAGAGAGAUAACCAAGGACUAGCUAUGAGAACCAGGAGGGGGCUUUGUUACCCUAGAGUCGUUGGAGGGGGAGGAGACGUUUAUAUGUCGUCGGAGAAGACAGUAGUAGUGAAGAGGAGGAGAGAUUCCGCCGGGGACCACAUGCCUUGCCGCAAGAGGAACAGAAAAUCGCCGGAGGUUGCCGGAAAGUGCGACUUGUUCGACGCCUUGCCGGACGAUCUUGUCAUUUCUAUUCUCUGCAAACUCAGCUCCUCCGCCGGAUGCCCCUCAGAUUUCAUCAACGUUCUGAUAACGUGCAAGAGAUUAAACGGCUUAGGUCUCCAUUCGCUAGUCUUAUCCAGAGCUUCUCAGAGAACGCUCGCCAUUAGAGCGAAGAACUGGUCCGAGUCCGCUCACCGCUUCUUGAAACUCUGCGCCGAUGCCGGAAACGUCGAAGCCUGCUACACUCUCGGCAUGAUUCGAUUCUACUGUUUGCAAAACCGAGGGAGCGGAGCGUCGCUGAUGGCCAAGGCGGCGAUUAGUUCUCACGCGCAGGCGCUCUACUCGCUCGCCGUCAUACAGUUCAACGGAAGCGGCGGCUCCAAGAACGACAAGGACCUCCGAGCCGGCGUGGCUCUGUGCGCGCGAGCCGCCUUCCUAGGGCACAUCGACGCGCUGCGCGAGCUCGGCCACUGCCUCCAGGACGGCUACGGCGUGCGCCAGAACAUCACGGAGGGGCGCCGAUUCCUAGUCCAAGCCAACACCCGCGAGCUUGCCGCUGUGGUCGCCAACGCGGCGGCCGUGGGCGCCCCGACGCGCUCCUUGUUCACGUGGAACCCACACCCGCUCCCCCACCCUCAUCCACGGAACGUGAACUGCGGGGGCUGUCCAUUGCUGAGCGACUUCGGAUGCAACGUGCCAGCGCCGGAGGCUCAUCCGGCGAGCCGGUUCCUGGCGGAGUGGUUCGGGUCCCGUGCCGGGUCUCCGGGCCUGGUUCUGAGACUGUGUUCGCACGUGGGGUGCGGACGGCCUGAGACUAGGAGGCACGAGUUCCGUCGAUGCUCGGUGUGUGGGACCGUGAACUACUGCUCACGCGCUUGCCAGGCGCUUGAUUGGAAGAUGCGCCACAAGGCGGACUGCACGCCCACUGAGCGGUGGGUGGAUGAUGACGGUGACGGGAACGGCCACGCUAAUGGUGACGAUGGUGAGGGCGAUGGCGGAGUUAAUGGGAACAACGAUGACGUCAUGGCUGAGAGUUAAGUUUAACGUUGACGGUGACGGAACGGUUACGGCAGAUAAUGUGGGUUAAUACUCUUAAUAGGAUAAAGAACAACGGGAAAAGAAAAGAGGCCAUUUUUGGGGGGAUAAUUAUAAAUUUAAGUUGUAUGGCCGUUGGUUGGCACGGAGUUCUGCUCCCCCGUUUUUUUUGAUGUAUAGAGAGGGGUUUUUGGAGAAAUAGUGGGGGCCUUUCUAUUUU